AUGUCAGAAAGAACAUUGAAGAUCUUAAAUCGUGCAAGAGAAAAAAAUAUUAAAGACAAUCAUGAAGAAUCCUUCAGUGAAAUCGACACUAAUAUUGAAGUUCAAAAUAUAGAAGAAAUAAACUUGUCUAGUAAUUUUUUGCUUGAUGAAGUUCUAACGCCAGAGAACAUUGCAGAUAUAAUCGAAACGGCAGUUAUGUUGGAUGAGAACAAUGAAAAUGAGGACGAUGAUCCAGAUUAUACGCCAUAUGAUGCUGACUUAGCAAGUGACUCAGAUGAAAAAAGCAAAGAAGAAGAACUUAUAAAUGAGCCCAAUCUAAAGAAGAAAAUUAAAGGUAUUAGAAAACGUGAAGUUAAUCAAAAACUUCGAAUGAGUGAAAACGAUAGAAUGCCUCAGUCAAUUACCUCAUUACAAAAAAUAGCAAAUGAUAUAAAAUUAUCUUUAUUUUGCCCACGUAAAGAUUUGUGCGACCUUUGUUUUAAAUAUAAAAACAACAAUCUCUCUGAAGAAGAUUAUCAAGCACACAUAAGAAAAAAAGACUCAGCUGGAGAAGAAAAGCAGCGUAAUAAGGAUAGAACGGUUAAUGAAAUGGCUAAUGUAAUAACCAACGAUGUGCAGGCCGCAAUUUUACUUUAUAACCAAUCGUCAAGUUGGCUCUGUGUAAGAGUGUCAAAAAGAAAUCCUCUCUACAAUUCACUGGUUAUGCAGUUUAUGGCUUUAAAAGUUGCAGAUUGCAUUGAAACGAGUAUUAUUAUUAUUAUUAUUAUUAUUAUUAUUAAAAGAAAAAAUAGUACUUUAACUGCGACUGGUCUGUUGGUGCAUCUGUAUAAAUAUAUCCUACUGUGA